AUGGCUUUAAUAAAUAUCCAAGUAAAAGACAUGAAAGACUUUGAAAUUAAACUUACUCGAGAAUUACAAGCCAAAGAACAAAUUAUUAAAAAUUUAGAGCAAAGUAAAAAGAUAGCCGACGAAGAUAAUCAAUUGAUACUCUCCUUUUUAUGGAAUGAAAUAGCUAAGCAAGAAAUUAUUAAUGUUUUAGAGGAAGCGAUAAGAGAGCGAGAAAAAGAAACCAGAGCCAAGCAAGAAAUUAUUAAUGUUUUGGAAGAAAAGGUUAGAGAGCGAGAAGAAGCAGCUAAAGCUACGCAAGAAACGAUAAUGUACCUGAAUGAAAAGAUUAAAGUACAAGAAGAAGAAACCAAGACUAAGCAUGAAAUGAUUCAUGAUCUAGAAGAAACGAUUAGAAAACGUGAAGAAGAAAUCAACGCCAAACAAGAAACCAUGAAUGUUUUAGAAGAAAAAGUUAAAGAGCGAGAGGAAGAAACUAAAGCCAAGCAA